GUUUGUUAGGAGAGAUCAUCAUAAAUGAUUAAGGGUCGGAAACAUGAACUUGCAGCGAAGUUGAAUCUUAGGCCAAGGCAAGUAGAAGUUUGGUUUCAAAACCGAAGAGCAAGGACUAAACUGAAGCAAAUCGAGGUAGAUUGCAAGCUGUUGAAGAAGUAUUGCGAGAAUCUAAAUAAUGAAAAUAUUCGGUUGAGAAGAGAAUUAAAUGAGCUGCGAUCUUCAUGCAAAUUUGAGCGGCUGUUAUCGCCAUUUGCAGACAAGCUUCCUAAGGCUAAGAAGAGUAUAGUAACUUGUCCAUCUUGUGAGAAAAUGACACGAGGGAUCAAAUGUGACAGCAGUGACAAAGAUAACUAAUCUGAACUGAAGGAUGCUCUUAUAGUCUUAUGGAACUAAAAAACAGUCCGUAAUACUUAGAAAACAGUCAACUUUUGGUCCUACAACUGUUGGUUAUUCUUACUUCAGCAUUGCUUGUUGUACCCACCCUAUACGCACCAUGUUUGUGAAUGUUUUUUUUGUGUGUGUGAACCUGAUUCACAAACAAUAUUUUGUCUGUGCAAAAUAUAGUCUGCGAACUGGGGUUCACAGAUAAACAAAACACUUCACAAACAUAGAUGGGUAUAAAAGUGGGUACAAAGAUCGUUUUUGUUCUUACUUUUGGUCCAAACUUUCAUUCUUCCACUUUUAGCCUCAUGAUGACUACAUAUUUUUAUUCAUUAAGGUCUUGAUUCUCUUGAUCACCCAUAUGGUCGAUUUCCAUACAAUUUGUUGUUAACUU